AUGGCCGAUAAAGAAGCCCUAAUCAGGGAAAUGGCAUUUCCUAACGCCCCCCGUAGCUCCCCUCCUGGGGAGCUGCCAGGUGGACAGGCCCACAUGCUUAUAACGCCAGAGCGGGUGCAUCAGGCUUUAUUCAGCCAGAGCAUUAAGAAAGCUCCGGGGGCCGACAGGCUCAAUUUUAAAGCAUGCCGGCUACUCUGGGCACUAGACUCACCCCGAAUCAUAGGGAUGGCUAGGCAGUGCUUUCGGCUUGGGGUGCACCCAGGGGCCUGGAAGACCGCUAAAGGCAUCCUACUUCGGAAGCCAGGGAAGCCUGAUUACACCCAGGUGAAGGCCUGGAGGGUGAUAAGCUUGCUUAGCUGCCUGGGCAAGGUUGUUGAGAAGCUGGCUGCAGGCCUUAUAGCGGACUGGUGUGAGGCCCAGGGGGCUUUACACCCUGGACAAAUGGGGUGCAGGCGGGGCCGUGGGGCUAUUGACGCGGUGGCCUGCCUCGUGCAAACAGUGCACGAGGGAUGGACUCAAAAGCUUCUCACAGGCACUAUCUUUAUUGACGUUAUGGGGGCCUUCGACCAUGUUGACCCCUAUAAGCUUAGUGAGGCUAUGGAAGCUGCAGGCCUGGACAAUGACCUUAUAAGGUGGACCUUAUCCUUCCUUACAAAUAGAAGGGUCAGCCUCGUAAUUGACGGUUAUAAAGCUCCUGAACAGCCUAUUGACUCAGGGCUGCCCCAGGGCUCACCGGUCUCCCCAAUCCUCUUUCUUAUCUAUAUCCGGGGUGUGUUUCAGGCUAUGGAACAGCAGGUGCCAGGGAUCAAGGCCCUGUCCUAUGCCGAUGACAUAGGCCUGGUAGCCCAGGGAAGCUCGGUCUCUGAGAUCUGCAGGCAGCUAGAAGCAGCGGCAAAAGCUGCUAUUGAGUGGGGACUGGCAGAUAGCGUCAAAUUCGACCCUAAAAAGACAGAGGCCAUCCUAUUCUCUAGGGCCACCAGCAGGGAACAUAAAAAUCAGGUCCAGGAAGCUAGGGUGCAGGUAGGAGACGCUUUAGUGGCAUUCUCCCCAACAGCCAUCCGGUGGUUAGGGGUCUUACUAGAUCCAAAGCUUACCCUCAAAGCCCACUAUAAGUACCGCCUGCAAAAAGGUCAAAAUACUGAAAGACGAGUGCGGGCACUGUGCAAGGCCCAGGGGCUCCCCCCAGGCCUGGCAUGGCGAAUCCAAAAGGCCACCGCGCAGUCAGUGGCGCUUUAUGGGGCCGAGCUUUGGUGGCAUGGGCAAAAGAACUGCCUAGAAGGACUGCAGGGCCUAAUUAAUAACCAGGCCCGGGCAGUCACAGGCAUGCUGAAGUCCACCCCAUUAGGACCGCUUAUAAGGGAGGCAGCUUUGGAACCAGCAGAGGCCCUAUUAGAUAGUAAACAGCGGCGGUAUGCCCUGAGACUCCUAGGACUUCCCCAGGGGCAUCCAGCAGCAGAAAUACUCCCCAUAACGCUUAGGGAGGGAGACGCCCAUGCACAGCCUGGAGAGCAGCCGCUAGAAGACCGAGCUUGGGCAACACCAACCCGCCGAGGCCCCUGGAAGCUGGGCAUGGGCCUGGCCCGCAGGCUACGAGAGGCCUUGACCGCCGACCCCUCCCAGGGCUUUGAGCGUACAAUAGAGCCUGGUAAUAGGUCUAUACCACUAGAUUUCAGGAUAGACUCCCCUGAAACCGCUAUGCAAUUAGCCUCAGACCCCCUAAGUGGGAUAGGGAACACUGACCUUUACUCAGACGGUUCCAGGUUAGACGAUCAGCGCGUAGGCGCUGCGGUAGCUUAUAAGCCACUUAUUGGCCCCUGGAGGUCGCGCCUAGCUCCCCUGGGCGCAGGCUUCGAAGUCUUUGAUGCAGAACUAAUAGGAGUAGUCGAAGCCCUAGAGUGGGCGCUGGCAGAGAAUCUUAGAGGGCCAAUUAGGGUGUUUCUCGAUGCUCAAGCCGCUAUAGGCAGGCUUCAGCAUACCCAGCCAGGCCCUGGCCAAGCCCUGGCGCUGCGGGCACAUGAUCUAGCCAAGGAACUGCAGGCCACCGGCCGCAGGGUUACUAUAUGCUGGGUGCCAGGCCAUAAGGGGGUCCCAGGCAACGAAGAGGCCGAUAAAGCCGCCAAGAAAGCUGCGGGGAAGCCCCGAACAGGCAAAUACUCGGGCAUCUCACUGGCACAUGCUCAACGGGCCUGUACCGAAGCUUAUAGAGCUGCCAGGGCCAACUGGCUUGCUGCAAAGCUUGCAAAGCGUGCCCAGCGGGCAAGCCAGGCCUACUAUCCCCCCCGGGGAUGGAAGCUUGACCCAAUGUUGGCGAACACCCCCAAGCACCUAGCGCGGCGAUAUUACCAGUUCAAGACUGGCCACGCACCAAUUGGGGCCUAUUUGCACCGAAUUAAGGCCCGAGACUUCCCUAAUUGCUUGGGGUGCUCUAGGGGGACUGAGACGGUAAGACACCUUCUUACAAACUGUCGACAGUGGUGCCACCAGCGGGAAAAACUAUAUGCCGGCUUGGCCGAAGCGGGGGUAAAGGCCCUGCAGGAUAGCGAGCAGUGCCCCGAAGCACGCCUAUUCCAGGACCCAAAGGCCACUACAGCGCUGCUGGCGUUUAUAGGGGCCAUUAGGGAGCGAGAGGAUAACCAACAGGCCUGGGAGCAGGCCUAUAAGACUGAUAAUUGGGGCAUUGAGGCCCUGGAUGAGGGAGAGCGAGAGGGGGAAGGAUAG